GCCACUGAUCGCAAGAUGACGCUCCCGGUGCAGCCACCCAAGUGGAUAUUACUGAUGGCAAUCCUGGUGCUCCUGGGCUUCAGCCGCCUGGCCUCAGCCUCGGCCAAACCGCAGCAGUUUCUGCUGGCCGAGGAUUUGGUAACGGGAACGGGCACGGCUUCCGGAACUGGAACAGGAACCGGAACUGGAACUGCAACCGGAAAUGCAGCUGAUCCCCUUAACGAUCCUUCGGAUCUAAGUGCUGGUCUCAAUUUCGCCCCCGUUGGCAAUCUGAUUGCGGCAGCUGCGAAUGCCGUACCCCCUGCCCCCAUUCAAUUUAUUCGCACGGCCAUGAACAGCGGGCUCUGACCGCCAGGUGGCGCUAACCUGGAUUCUUGGCCACCCCAAAAUUAAUUGUCUCUAAUUUUGAAGCGCCUUUUUAAGCACCACUUUUAAUUACUUUGUUAAGCGUUUAUUUUUUUUUGGCGAUUUUUUUUGUUUUGUUUUUGGAAGUAAGCUUGUUUUGUUUUUGUUUGUUGUCUUUAUGUGUGUUUGUGCUGAGCUAAGUGGCUAUAUAAAUGACUUUAUGAUACUUGUUCUAUCUGGUUAUGACUUUUUGGAGCGAUAAAAAGUGUGCAAUUGGGGGCCUCAGCCUCAAAAGCUAUUCUUGUUAUCUGGAUCUGUUAUCGGGGAAUUCUCUAUUCUAUAUCU